AUGCCCGCAAUCCCGGCUCGUAUGCUUCGCGCCUGCACCGGACGAUCUCUGUACAUGACAGCCGCACCAUCACUCCAUCCGACCAUUGGGAACCGACUGGGCCAAAUGUCGUCCCAUCUCUCCACCGUCCGCAACGGCAACGAGAGCCCCGGCCCUACGGCCGGGACCAUGUCCCUGGCAGACUUGCCCAAGUCCAAUGUCUUCACCUCCAAACUGCCGGCAGACCAGGCAUUCGAGACCCCCGAGGCCUCCCACCAGGCCGCGCGUCAGACGCUGGGCCCCCGCAUGGUGAAAGGUGCACUGUUUACCUAUGUCCGACCCGAGCCCGUCGAGAAGCCCGAGUUGCUCGGAGUGAGUCCGAGGGCCAUGGCAGAUUUGGGCCUCAAGCCUGGCGAGGAGCAGACCCCGUCGUUCCAGGCAUUGGUUGCGGGCAAUGAAUUUGCCUGGACCGAGGAGAACGGGGGUGUUUACCCGUGGGCGCAGUGCUAUGGUGGUUCGUUUUCCCUCCCUUGGACUGGGACUGUAACCAUCAAAAGAAAUCUGUCAUUGAAUGGCACAUGGGCGGGGCAAUUGGGAGACGGUCGAGCAAUCAGUCUCUUCGAAACCACGAAUCCCCAAACCAAGAAGCGAUAUGAGCUGCAACUGAAGGGCGCGGGAAAGACGCCCUAUUCGCGGUUCGCCGAUGGCAAGGCAGUUCUUCGAUCCAGCAUUCGAGAAUACAUCGUCUCUGAAGCUCUCAAUGCAUUGGGGGUGCCCACCACCCGCGCACUAUCCCUCACGCUACUGCCAAACACCAAAGUGCUACGCGAGCGCCUCGAGCCCGGCGCCAUUGUCGCCCGAUUCGCCGAGAGUUGGCUGCGAAUCGGCACAUUCGAUCUCCUCCGCGUCCGUGGUGAACGUGACAUCAUCCGCCAACUCUCCACAUACAUCGCUGAAGACGUCUUUGGCGGAUGGGAGACCCUGCCCGCCGCGAUCUCGGUAGGCGAGGGGCAAACCACCGCUGAGAUGGACGAUCCACCUCGCGGCAUCCCCCGCGACGAGGUCCCGACCAAACAAGGUGUAGACGAGAACCGAUUCACACGACUGUACCGGGAGAUUGCGCGGCGGAAUGCAAAGACCGUGGCAGCUUGGCAGGCGUACGGGUUCAUGAACGGCGUGCUCAACACGGACAAUACGUCUAUUUACGGACUCUCUCUCGACUUCGGCCCAUUCGCGUUUAUGGAUAACUUUGACCCGCAGUACACGCCCAACCACGAUGACCACAUGUUACGCUACGCGUACAAAAACCAGCCCAGCAUUAUCUGGUGGAAUCUCGUCCGGCUCGGCGAAUCAUUGGGUGAACUCCUCGGCGCCGGCAACAAAGUCGAUGACGAGACAUUCGUCAAGGACGGGGUAAGCGAGGAGAUGGAAGCAGAACUCAUCAAGCGUGCCGAGACGGUGAUUGAACGAACGGGCGAGGAAUUCAAGGCAGUAUUCCUGAACGAAUACAAGCGACUAAUGUCCCAGCGUCUGGGUCUGAAGACACAACAAGAGUCUGAUUUCCAGACACUCUUCUCAGAGAUGCUGGAUACUCUUGAAGCGCUGGAAUUGGAUUUCAACCAUUUCUUCCGUCGGCUGUCUAACCUGUCUCUGUCCGAGCUGGAAACCGAGGAGCAGCGGGUGGCUGCAGCAUCGGUGUUCUUCCAUGCCGAGGGAUUCGGGGCUAUUGGGUAUACCGAGGAGUCGGCCCGAGCUCGCAUUGCCAAAUGGCUGGAUAGCUGGCGGGCUCGUGUGAUCGAGGACUGGGGAAGCGAUGGUGACAGCGAGAGACAAGCCGCUAUGAAGGCUGUCAAUCCUAACUUUAUUCCUAGAGGCUGGAUUCUGGACGAAGUCAUUGAGAAGGUUGAGAAGAAAGGUGACCGGGACAUCCUGGGACGAGUGAUGCAGAUGAGUCUGAACCCAUUCAAUGAGGAAUGGGGCCUGAACAAGGCGGAAGAAGAGCGAUUCUGCGGUGAUGUGCCCAAGUACAAGAGAGCCAUGAUGUGUAGCUGCAGUUCUUAA